AUGGAAGAAGCGCGUCUUGCGCGACUGGGAAAGCGGAAGCGAAGAGCUUCUCCAGAUAGACCAUCGAAACAAGUUUCGAAGCAAGCAGAGGCCAAAACUUCCAGUGAGAUUCGAUACCCAAAGGGCGCCAUCAAGCGCACCUGGGCAUACAAAUACCCUCGAACCGAGGAUAUCAGCAUCGAAGAGGUUUUGCAAGCCCCCACUCUCAACAUAGCCGUCUUGAGUUCUUUCCAGUGGGACGAUAGAUGGAUAUUCCACAAGGCAGACCCGAUGAAAACCAAGCAAGUAUGGAUAAUUGGUGCCAAUACAGAUGCGAUAAAACAGAACAUCAUCCAAGAGCUUGCUGAAUGCAAUACUCCGAAUGUGAAGCUGCAUUUCCCACCAAUGCGUGCCACGACUACUAUGCACAGCAAAUUGAUGUUGUUGUUCCACGAAACGCACCUUAGAAUCGUGGUCCCAACAGCCAAUCUGAUGCAAGUGGAAUGGGGAGAGACAGGAAAGGAUCCAAAGUCGGUGGGUUCAUGGCAGCCUGCGGUUCUCGAGAAUACUGUAUUCCUAAUUGACUUACCGCGUCGAGUUGAUGGUGCAGUUUCGGAGAAGCUUGAAACUACAUUUGGGCAGUCGCUGAUGGCGUUCCUCGAAGCACAAGAGGUUGGCCAGAAAGUACGCGAAGGCCUCCGAAAGUUUGACUUUGCCGAAACGAACCGUCUUGCGUUUGUUCAUUCGAUAUCAGGGAGCCACUCGACUGGACCCCGGCGUAACGAUACUGGACUACCUGGUCUUGCAGCAGCCAUACGUCGGUUGAACCUGAACAACGUUGAACGCCUCGAGUUGGAUUAUGCAUCGUCCUCUAUAGGUGGGCUGAAAGAAGAAUUCCUCGAAAAGCUGUACUUGGCUGCCAGUGGGCUCCAGCCGCUGAGCAGCAAAGCUCCCGAAGACUGGGCGGAUCGUUUUCGUGUCUACUUCCCAACCCACGACACCGUUAUCAACAGCACGGGAGGUGUAGAAUGCGGCGGAGUCAUUACUCUGAAUUCGCGAAGCUACAAUGCUCCUACAUUUGCUCGCAGAUGUCUCCGGACCCAUAUAUCAACCCGAAGUGGUCUCUUAUCGCACAACAAGAUGCUGUUAGCUCGAGGCCGCCAAAAGGAUGGCACGCCUUUUGGUUGGGUUUAUGUCGGGUCUGCUAAUGUGACAGAAUCGGCAUGGGGCUCACAGAGCAUCCUAAAAAGCGGAAAGGAGAGUGCAUUGAAAAUCAACAAUUGGGAGUGCGGUGUUGUGGUCCCCGUGCCUACAGAAAAACUGCAGGGUCUUGCUGAUGGAGAGGUCCCACCGAUGAAUGUGUUUCAGGGAACCGUGGAGGUGCCAUUCAAGGUUCCAGGAGAGAAGUACGAGGGCAAGAAGCCCUGGUUCUUCAUGGACCAGUAG